AUGGGUGACGCUCAGCCUGUUGAGCUACUCACCGGUGAGUACAUCCAGCCAACGGCUGUUAGGCCACACACAGUCGGGAAAUACUUCCCCAAAGGGGGCCAGUCUCGCGCAGUUACUCUAUUCCGCAACCUCGCCGUCGACGGCCCACUCAAGUCCUACAUUGACGUCGCAGCCAGCGCUUAUGCCGCGGACCAAAGCCUUCACAACACUCUCACAAAUCACACUUACAACAAGGGCUACGCACAGUUCCCCAAUUGCUUCACACUAGAGACACUCGAAGGUUUGUUCAAAAGUGGCAUAACGCUGACUUUCCGGUUUCACCGAGUCACCAGCACUGCUAAGAAGUGCGAGCCAUUUAAGUGA